AUGUCGGGCGAGGCGGAGAUGUCGGUGGCUGGGACGCCCGUGGCGCCGCCCUCCUUGGCUCCUCUCUCACUGCUGCCUCCGGGAGUGGUGGGUCUCAGCAGUCCGCUGGUGGCGCGGGCGCUGCAGGGCGCCGGCGCCCGACGCCCCCGGGGCGCCAAACGCGCCAUCCCGGACGCCCUCAAGGACCAGAAGUACUUCGAGCGCCGCAGAAGAAACAACUUGGCCGCCAAGCGGUCGCGCGACAGUCGGAAGGCGCGUGAAGAUCAGAUCAACUUGCGCGCCUGCUGGCUGGACGGCGAGAAUGCGGUGCUGCGAGCGCGGGUGGCCCGUCUGAGGGAGGAGGCGUUCUGCCUCCGCCGCCUGCUGGCAGCACGCCAGGCGGAGCGUCUGCGCCUGCUGAGUGAGGCGGAACGGCCGGUGCCUUCAGGUGCCACCCCGUCCACCUCCGAGUGA